AUGGAUUUAGAUGAUGAGGGGAGGUUAAAGAAUGUCUUUUGGGCAGACCCCCGUAGUAGGGCAGCAUAUCAGUAUUUCUAUGAUGUGGUCACAUUUGACACCACAUAUCUGACGAAUAGAUAUGGGAUGCCUUUUGCACCAUUUGUUGGUGUAAACCAUCAUGGCCAGUCAAUUCUAUUGGGUGCAGGAUUGAUAUCCAGUGAGGAUACAGAGACAUUUGUCUGGUUAUUCCAGACCUGGUUGAAGUGUAUGGAUGGUAUAGCUCCAAGAGCUAUUAUCACAGAUCAGGACAGAGCGAUGAAGAAUGCUAUUGCCAUUGUCUUUCCAGAAAGUCGACAUCGAUUUUGUUUGUGGCAUAUACUGAAGAAAGUUCCUGAAAAGCUUAGCUCACAUGCUUCGUACAAAAAUGGAAUGAAAACUGCAUUGAUGAAUUCUGUGUAUGACACCCAAAGUGUUGAAGAAUUUGAAGAGAGUUGGGAUAAGCUAAUCACCACGUACAACUUGCAUGAGAAUGCCUGGCUGCAAAGUUUAUAUGCUGAGCAUCAACAUUGGAAAAUUGAGAAUGAAACUGCAGCGGACUUCCACUCAUUUAGUGUCACUAUUCCAUGUAUAUCAAGAUCUCCAGUUGAAAAAAAAUUUCAAGAUUUGUACACGAAUGCUAAAUUCAGGGAAGUUCAGCAGCAAAUUACCGGCAUUAUUGAUAUGGAUCCGAAGUUACUUAAGAGUGACGGUGUUGUAAAGACGUAUCGCAUAGAGGAUGAAAUUUGUGUUGAAGAGUUUACUAAGAGGGUUACAUACUACGUGGACUUUAGUGAGGACGAUACAGUCGCAAAGUGUUCAUGUGGGUUAUUUCAGAUGAGAGGGAUAUUAUGUAGGCAUAUUUUGGCAGUAUUCAAAUGUAACAAGGUUAAAUUUGUGCCAGAAAGAUACAUUUUAGAGCGAUGGAGGAAGGACAUCAAAAGGAGAUACACGUUAAUACACAACAGCUUCGACGCAGGGGAUCAACGGGCAGAUGCAAACCGAUAUUCAAGUCUAUUGAAUAUCUGUUAUAAGAUGAUUACCCUUGCAGCGAGUUCAGACAAGCAUACUGUGGAUGCAACAGGAAAGUUAUUUGCAAUGAUUGACUUAUAUGGUGACAACCAAGAAUCCCCAUCGCUGACGGUCACAGGUUCCAAUGUUGGUUGUACGGCAAAGGACACAACUACAGGUGGUAGCUCACAAAAAGUACUCAGUCCACUAGCUGUGAGAGGGAAAGGCAGACCCCCAUCGUUGAGGAGAGCAUCGGGGAUGGAGAAACGAAUGCGAAAAGUUCAAGCGAAGACGAAGAAAACAGCAGUGAAGGGGAAACGCAAACAGCGAGAUGGAGGAGAUACACCAGCCGUGGCGACUUGCCGGAAUUUAUUUCCCACUUCACAAAGUAUGCAGUAUGGAUUGGAUGACUCACAACCGCUGGUGUAUGGGAUGGAUCAACCCUCCCCAGUGCAACUUGGUGUCGAUGAGACUGAACCGACAAUAAUGAGAUAG